AUGGGAAUUGGGCUGGCCCAUGUAUGGCCCGUGUAACCCAACCCGGCCCGCUCUUAAAAGAGCCCUAAACCCUCUUCUUCUGCUCUCUAUUCUCACUCUCUCUCUCUCUCUCUCUAACUAUCCAUCUUCUUCCCUAAGCAGCUACUCUCAGGUUGAACAAAGCAAUUCAAUCAAGUAUCUAAAACAAAACCAACACUCUGAAAAUGGCAACGUCCAUGGCUGCUCUAUCCCGAAGGCUGUCUCGCUCUCUCCUAUCGAAUACUAAUUCCGCUCUUCAGAGCUAUCAGUUCUCUACUCCCUUCUGCACCAGCACAACUCAUCCCACAUCAGACAAAGAAGGCUCCGACUUGGAAGAUCCCCCAACCUUGUCCGACUCUGAAUCACCCUCCCUCGAGCCCACUCCAACAAAAGAUUCGUUUAGGAACCACGGGUUCAAGGAGCCGUUGCUGGAGAAUGGCCUAGACAUGGGCAUUUAUAAGGCGAUAGUGGUGGGAAGAGUGGGGCAGAAACCAAUCCAGAAGAGGCUGAAGAGUGGGCUAACGCUGACAAUGUUCUCAGUUGGAACGGGAGGAAUGCGCAACAAUCGACGACCAUUGGAGAACGAGAGCCCGCAAGAGUUUGCUGAGCGCAGUUCCAUCCAAUGGCAUCGGGUUUGUGUUUACCCCGAAAGGUUGGGUGACGUUGUCAUGAAGCAUGCGGUUCCCGGUUCAAUUUUAUAUCUAGAAGGGAAUCUAGAGUCCAAAAUCUUCACUGAUCCGAUAACUGGCAUUGUUCGCCGAAUCAGAGAGGUUUCUAUUCGCCGAAAUUGUCGUGUUGUUUUUUUGAGUAAAGGCAGUGAAGCCCAGGAACCAAUAGAGCCACAGAUAAACGGUGUUCGCUAUUAAUAAUUCCCUAUUCAGAGGUGUAAUCGGGUGCAAUUUAAUAUUCGGUCCACUUUUACUUUAAUAUGUAUUAUAAACAAUCGCUAACCAAUUAUAAGACGAUAGUGUUAUUGCUCGAUUGAAAGGAUAUAACACAUUAGCAUCACUUACUUUUUGAGGUA